CUGGUAAGUCAUCAUGAUCAUCAUCAUCAUUAUUAUCGUUUAAAACAUGGAGUCGGUCGUGGAAGAGAAGAACGAGGUCGAAAAACCAAUCGACAGAGAAAAGACAUGUCCAUUACUGCUGCGAGUGUUCCUCAACAACUCCAGACAUCAUUCACUAAGUGAAUAUUCAAGAGGAAGCGUGCCGUCAAAUGAACUUCAAAUUUACACGUGGAUGGAUGCUACUUUGAAGGAAUUAACUAGCCUCGUAAAAGAAGUAAACCGGGAUGCACGUCGAAAAGGCACCUACUUUGACUUUGCCCUUGUGUUCCCUGAUGUCCGGGGGCCGGGCUACCGAAUGCGGGAUAUUGGAACGACAUGCUCAGGGCAGAAGGGGGCAGACGACAACAAAACCCUGAAUGCCGCCAGAUUUCAGAUCGGGGAUUACCUUGACAUUGCCAUCUCCUCCCCACCUCUUCGUGGUGGUCCCGUUGCAUCCAGAAGAGGAAGGCAAUCUGGAUUCUAAUGUACACACAAGUCGCACAUUCCCACAGUUGUCAUUUCAUCGCCUAACUUGUAAAGCUGUCAUUUAAUAAAAAUGAAUGAUACAUCCCA